AUGGAAGCUUUCACCUUGUCAAAUAUUCAAAUCAAGAAGAUACCCAACUAUCAGCCAAGCCAUUUUUUUGGUGUCCGACAAAUCAACAAUUCACCCCAAACCCUCCUUCCCGAAGAACGAUUAACGGUCCCAGGAUGUCGAACAACACUUAUGGAUCAUCAACAAAAAGCCGUUGAAUUUAUCCAAAGGAGCGAAUCCGAUAAUAUAUCAAUAGCUCAUGAAAUAUGGACGCAUCCGGAUAACGAAUGGGUGAAACAAGUUUUUUCCAAGGCCGCGGCACCAGGACUUGUAGACAAGGAUAUUGUAUUUGACAGUCAUGGAUGUAUUCUUGCGGAUGAUAUGGGACUGGGAAAAACUCUGACGACGUUAACCACAAUUCAACUCUCACGAAACCAGGCUGUUCUAUUUGCCAACGAAAAGCUAGAUCGGGAUGUUGAAAUGCGAACCCCUGCAACAUUAAUUAUCUGCCCACUAUCAACGUUGGACAACUGGAUUAACGAAAUCAAUACUCAUUUUGAUAACGGAAGCCUUCCAUAUCAAGUUUUUUAUGGUAAAGAAAGAUCGACCAUUCAGUUUCAAGAUAUUUCCAGAGUUGCGAUUGUUCUAGCAACAUACGAAUCCGUUUGCAUAUCGGGAAUCAAAGAAAGUAACGACGGUCAACAGAUAGGAACUAGUGAUCAAGGAAGGAAGAAAAAAAGUGGUCUGAAUCUUUCAAAUGUCAGAUGGUUUCGAAUUGUACUUGAUGAAGCACAUUAUAUGAAGGAUCCCAAGACGAAUCAAAGUAUAGUACUCUUGAGCUUGAAGGCACAAAGAAGAUUGUGCCUGACAGGUACACCCAUGCAGAAUAACCUUGGCGAUCUGCACAACUUGCUGAAGUUUCUUCAACUAGAACCCUGGUCAAACAAUUCAAUAUGGAAGCAAUGUGUUGAGCUACCGGUUCAGCUGUGUGAUCCUCGCGGUAUUUUGACGCUUCAAAAUCUUAUGAAUGGAAUCAGCAUGAGAAGAUUAAAAACAACAGUCCUAGAGCUGCCCGAAAAAGUUGAAAGGGUUAUCAAUAUUGAACUCAAAUCACCAUGGAAUCAAAUCUACGAGAAGAACCAUGAAACAUUUGUGGUACAGUUUGGAAAAAAUCGUGUUGGCGGACAAGGAUGGAACUCUUCAGAUUUUUUUGGCGAACUAGUCGAUUUACGGCAAUUAUGUGAUCACCCAGCUUUGAUUGAAAAAGGGCCUGGAAUAAACAACUACGGUUGGAAUGAAAGUUCAAAAAUUGUACAUCUGGUUGGAGAUGUCAAAGAUUUCCUUUGUAGUGGAGCUGUAAAUCGGGUGGUAAUAUUUUCAGAGUUUAAGAGGUUUCUUGAAAUGUAA